AGCACUGCAUCAUCGAUAUCGAUAGCGGUGUACGUAACGCGGCACGUACUGUGCUGGAGCACAAUAUACAGAGUUAUUUCGGCCUAUCGUAUUAGAAUUACGUGUUGAUUAUUAUGCGUACAACAAUGUGAUCGCGGUGACAGGAAAUCACAGGCACGUCCGGUGAAAUAGAUUACCCUACCCAGGGGUGGGGUCGUGUAAUCGCUGUCAUCUAUUACGGACGAGUAAUUGACAGGUAAUGUCAAUCGCGUGAGGAGCAAUCGAGUAACGUGGUCAUGGCUCGACCUAUUGUGCCAAGCCAGCAAAAGCUGGCCGAGAAGCUGACCAUUUUGAAUGACAGAGGUGUUGGUAUGUUGACACGCAUUUAUAAUAUCAAGAAAGCGUGUGGUGAUGCCAAAUCAAAGCCUGCCUUCCUCUCCGACAAGGCGUUGGAGUCUUCCAUCAAGACGAUCGUCAGAAAGUUUCCUAACAUUGAUAUAAAGGGAUUGCAGACCAUUACGAAUAUACGUAACGAGAUCAUCAAAUCCCUAUCAUUGUAUUACUACACGUUUGUCGAUUUACUAGAUUUUAAAGAUAAUGUGUGCGAGCUCUUGACAACUAUGGAUGCAUGCGGUGUUCAUAUGGAUAUUACGAUUAAUUUUGACUUGACUAAAGGGUAUUUGGAUCUUGUAGUUAUUUACAUCAGUUUGAUGAUCCUGCUCUCCAGAGUCGAAGAUCGUAAGGCGGUGCUAGGGCUGUUCAAUGCAGCCCACGAGAUGGUGCAUAGUCAAUCGGAUCCCAGUUUUCCUCGCUUAGGACAGAUGAUUAUGGAUUACGAUGCUCCAUUGAAGAAACUUUCAGAAGAAUUUGUACCACAUUCUAAAUUGCUGAAGAAUGCUCUGACUUCGCUGUGGCCAGUAUAUCCUGGCAGAAACUUGUCCGCUGACACAUGGAGAGCUGAUCAAAAAUUGAGUCUUGUCGGCAGUCCUGGUCAGAUACUCAAAGCAGCAGCAACUGACACUAUGUCGUGCGAAACAUUAAGUUUGGAUAGAAUAGAAAGAUGGGUGAUUCUUGGAUUUACACUUUGUCAUACAUUCUUAAAUCAAGAACAACCAAGCAAACUGUGGAUCACUGCUUUAGAAUCUGGCUGGGUGUUGGCAUUAUUUAGAGACGAGGUGAUUUAUAUACAUCAAUAUAUCCAAACAUUUUUCGAGGGUAUGAAAGGAUAUGGUAAAAGAGUUUCUGAAGUAAAAGAAUGUUACAAUCAAGCAGUACAAAAAGCUGGUUACAGGCACAGGGAAAGAAGAAAAUUUUUAAGGACUGCUCUGAAGGAACUAGGUUUAAUUCUGACUGAUCAACCUGGACUUUUGGGACCGAAAGCUUUGCUGGUUUUAAUGGGGCUUUCUCAUGCAAGAGACGAGGUGCUGUGGCUACUGAGACACGGCGACAAUCCUCCUACUCAAGGCAAAGGAAAAGGACGAGGUGGCGAGGAUUUGGUGGACCGUCAGUUACCAGAAUUGCUCUUCCAUUGUGAAGAACUACGAGCAUUAGUAAAGAAAUAUUCUCAGGUGCUUCAAAGGUAUUACGUCCAAUUUUUGUCGGGAUUCGAUGCUCCUGCUUUACAUCAGAUGAUACAAAAUCUUCCAGUUUGUCCCGAAGACGAGGGAGCUAUUCUUAGUGAUAUGUGUUCAAUCAUAGCUAGUCUGACUGUAAAGCAAGUCGAGGAAAAUGAAUUAUUUGAUUUCCGUGCCUUCCGACUAGAUUGGAUUAGGCUGCAGGCUUAUAUGUCUAUCGCGAAGUGCAAUAUGAAUCUGGCUGAUAACAGAGAAUUGGCUUCCUUCAUGGAUACGGUAAUCUUCCACACGAAAAUGGUCGACAAUUUAGACGAGAUGCUAGUCGAGACGUCCGAUUUAUCCAUCUUCUGCUUCUACAGUAAGAUAUUUGAAGAUCAAUUUCACAUGUGUCUCGAGUUUCCUGCUCAGAAUCGAUACAUCGUCGCCUUCCCGCUUAUAUGCAGCCAUUUCCAGAGUUGCACUCACGAGCUCUGUCCGGAGGAGCGUCAUCACAUUCGCGAGAGGAGUCUCUCCGUCGUCAAUAUGUUCCUGGAUGAGAUGGCCAAAGAAGCUAAAAACAUUAUCACGACCAUCUGCGAUGAGCAAUGUAACAUGAGUGACAAAUUGCUACCGAAACAUUGCGCUUUAUUAAUCUCACAAGUUGUCAAUCGUAAGAAAAAGGACAAAAAUAAGAAGAAUAUGUACGAAAUUCAUAAACCCGGGAUAGAAAGUUAUCGGAAGACACGAGAGGAAUUAACGACGAUGGACAAGCUACACAUGGCUCUUACAGAAUUAUGUUACGCCAUCAAUUACUGUCCGACUAUCAACGUCUGGGAGUAUACUUUUGCACCGAGAGAAUAUCUACAUCAACAUCUCGAGUCGCGAUUUGCAAGAGCAUUGGUAGGAAUGGUCAUGUAUAAUCCGGAUACCAGCGAAAUAGCCAAACCAUCUGAACUCUUCGUCAGCGUUAGAUCUUACAUGAAUGUUCUUCAGACCAUUGAAAAUUAUGUUCACAUAGACAUCACGCGCGUUUUUAAUAACGCUCUACUUCAACAAACUCAGGAGCUGGAUAGUCACGGCGAUAAAACCAUAGCUGCGCUCUACACGCAGUGGUAUUCGGACGUUCUGCUGAGGCGAGUUAGUGCAGGCAAUAUUUGUUAUUCCGCGAAUCAACGGGCGUUCGUCAGCUUGUCCGUAGAAGGUGCCAUUCCAUUUAACGCUGAAGAAUUCUCCGACAUUAACGAGCUAAGGGCAUUGGCCGAACUGAUAGGACCAUAUGGUAUGAAGAUGCUGAACGAGAACUUGAUGUGGCACAUUGCCAGUCAGGUGCAACAGUUGAAGAAGCUGGUGGCGGGCAAUAAGGAUGUACUGAUCUCUCUGAGAACAAAUUUUGACAAGCCGGAAGUAAUGAAAGAACAGUUCAAGAAGUUGCAACACGUGGACAAUGUUCUUCAACGAAUUACUAUAAUAGGCGUGAUUCUGAGUUUCAGGCAAUUAUCGCAGUCGGCGUUGGUUGAUGUACUGGAAGAACGCAUACCGUUCCUGCUGAGCUCCAUAUUAGAUUUUAGACAUCAUCUGCCGUCCGGCGAUCCCAUGCGCGUUGUCUCCGAAAUGACAUCAGCUGCAGGCUUGACCUGCAAGGUCGAUCCCACCUUGACGACGGCACUGAGAAACCAGAAGGCGGAAGUCGACGAGGAUGAACAUUUGCUAGUUUGUCUGCUGAUGGUCUUCGUAGCAGUAUCCAUUCCGAAAUUGGCGCGAAACGACAAUUCCUUCUACAGAGCAUCACUCGAGGGUCAUUCCAAUAACAUACAUUGUAUGGCGACCGCUAUAAACAACAUUUUCGGAGCAUUGUUCACGAUUUGUGGACAAAAUGACAUAGAAGACAGGAUGAAGGAGUUCCUCGCACUAGCUUCGUCCAGUUUAUUGAGAUUAGGCCAAGAAGCGGACAAGGAAGCAACUCGAAACAGAGAAUCUGUUUAUCUUUUGUUGGAUCAAAUAGUCCAAGAAUCUCCAUUUCUAACGAUGGAUUUGUUGGAGAGCUGCUUCCCAUAUGCACUGAUACGCAACGCAUAUCACGAUGUCUACAAGAUGGAGCAUUCGCAACCGUGAGCUUAACCGCGAGUCUGCGAGGAAGAAAGGGUGCUGCAUUUCUAACUUGCCACUCAGGGCCACUUUUUUACGUCCACACUUGUAACAUCGGAGGCAAUUAUCAAGAAUUUGCUGCUAUUUAUCAUCUAGCCGAGCGAUAAUUUUCUUGAAUAAAGUUAGUUUUCCAGCUAGCAUCGAUGAAAAAGUACAAGCUUAUGUCACCGGAAGCACGGAAGAGUGGUGAAUAUGUAUGAUUAUUCGAGGUUUGAUAAUAUCAAUGGAUUUACACUCCUCGGCAUUUUAACAAAAUGUCACAAGCUUUGCGACAUCGUAAUGCACGUUAGAGAUUUUUUUAUGUUAUUUGCAAUAAUCGCAAAAAAUGUCAUGUUGAUCCUUAUAUAAUUGAGAUCUGUGUUUACACGAAUGUUUUUAUAUAGCUGAAUUCUAUUGUAUCUUCUUUGUAUCGGAAGAAUCUUUAUCGAGGAAAAUUAAUCGACGUACCAUUUUUGUCAAGAUUACGAACUUUCAUAAUAAUUAAUAAUAAUAAUUCAAAACGAUUGCAUUUUUUAAUGUAUAGUAUUCUCUAUAAUUUGAACGUCCAAUUUGAAAUAUUUGUUAGUAUAUAACUGCAUAUCUUUCACAGUUAAGUAUUAUUAUAGUUUAUGUCAAGGAAUUUUUCUAUUCCACGGGGAUGCAGGAUGUAAGCUCCCAUUGACUUCAAGCUAAAGAUCGCGAUAUUUAUAUAUCACACAGUAGGUAUCAUUACACUUACCCACUAUGACUUUUUAAUGUACAAUUGUAACUUUUACAAUAGUUUAUAAUAAACGAAUUAUGUGUAUAAAAUA